AUGACCGACUUGGAGGACGUUCCAUAUGUCCCUCUUGCUGCUGUUCAAUACUUCACGCAAGUGACUUUACAACUCUCGGUGACAAAAAGACACACGGAUGUACGGUACGUGAUGACUGUUCGUCAUACGGAAUUACAUGUCACAUGGCGUCAUGCCCGUUCCUUUGAUGAAUACCGUAAACUGCAACACCGUUUACUAAAGAAACUGCAACAUGGUCACUUUUGUGAUGCGGAUUGUCCAUGGCUGUAUGGGUUUUUAAAGAGUUAUUUCCCCAAGAGACGACUGUUUACCGUGUCCAGUGCAAGUGUCGUGGAAGAACGAAAGCAAACACUUGAGCGAUUUUUUGCUGCAUUGUAUGGCUUUUUGACAGAGAAGAAGAAUCUGUCGUGCUCGAUCGUCAUGACGGUAUUUGCAGAUGAACUUGUGGAAUUCAUUUAUGGAAAUACCUUGCAACAAUUUGGAUUUGAAAACCCAUACAAGUCAACGGUGCGUGAGAUGGAUAUGAUGCAAUGUAGUAGAGGAUUGAAUGCCAAGUGGAAAGAACCUGCUACACCUUUGAAUCUGCAUUUACUUGAGCCAGAGUUGGAGCAACAGCAGUACAACAGGCACUCAUCAUUGACCAAUUCGUGCAGAGAAUCCAUCACGGACAGCAACAUUGUCAAUGAUUUGAAUAUCGGGAAUUGCGGAAUUUGCGGCUCGCCACUGUGUGGCGUUGCAUACGGCAACUCGUCACCGACAUUGUCAUCGGAUACGACCUUGCUGCUGGAAGAAGAUAAGAUGAAUAACAGCAAUAGGUCGGCAUCGAGUACGGAGGUGGGUGUACCAUUUUCUCGUACCCGCAACAAUAGCAGCAACAAAAACAGCGGUCCGCCAUGGUUGGGAACUCUCGCGACGAAUGGCAGUGGAGGUAGUGGCAGUGCCAACAGUGUCAGUGGCACCCGACGAAGAAAAAGCGCGAGUCGACGUUGUGCUGCCAGGUAUUACUUGACAACACUGAGUUGCAGCCAUCAGUUUCAUGACGAAUGCAUUGUGCCAAAACUAAACGAGGCGUUGAAAUGUCCGACUUGUGGGCGCACACAGACCAAUCACUGA